AACACAUUCUUAAAAUCACACCCGCUCCAUCUGCACAAGAGCUUUGACAAGGCUUUGUGGAUCUGUAUAAUUAUCAUGUCGUCGGAUUCGGAGUGGGAACAAUCCAGUGAUUCUGAAUAUACUCGCCAAACGUCUGUUCACAGAAGAAAACGUCGUAAAACAACGCAUGGUGAAUCUUCCGACGGAACGAUCGCCCGUAUAGAUGCCUUCGAGCCUCUUAUAAGUGCUCUUGAAGAAGUUCUUCAAGCCACCGAUGACGAAUGUUGCUUUGAGCAAUAUAUUGAACCUCUGCUUACCGAAUACACCGAGUCAGUCUUGACUCUACAGCAGAAUCAUGAGCUAAGAGAUCAAAGAGGAACGAGUAUCCUCCCGAUUUCGAGACUUCAAUCAAGACAAAUACUGGAUGAACUGGAGUCGAGCAUGACCUCUUCAACAAGCAGGGCGGGAUACAAUGCUUCCCUCAUUGCAAGAAAGCUGAAGGUCCAUUCGAAUACACUUCGUAUUGCGGUACUAGAUUCACGCCACGCUCACAAUCAUGACGGUCCAAUAGUACCAAUGGAACGACCAAAGCAAAGCAUACAGCCUAAUCCUCAAGUCUUGGAUGUCCUGUACUCUAUCACAACCACGCCUUAUUCAAGUUCUUUCCUUUCUCGAAUACGAGGCUAUCAACCAAGUCUCAACCCCGGUCUUACUGAUGUAGACUGGGAGACCAGAGCGCCGUGGAUGGAUCUUAUGCGUGACAUCCGGGACCAUUUCACCUUCAUGCAUCCGGAUCGCGAUCAUCCAAUUGAAGUCGAAGCCCCAAUAGAAUAUGCGCCUCUUCGAGCAAGUCAUCUGAACCAAGUGCACGAACUUCUGCGUCACGCAUUCUGGGACGGCAUAGAUGUCAGCGACUCCUUGCAAUAUAGCCCCGAGAAAUGCACCAUCAUCGCGACUUACAAGAAAUCGAUAGUUGGAUGCGCGUUCUUGAGUUCCCCUCAGGAAACGUACAUCACAUAUCUGGCUGUCAGGCCAGGAUGGGAAAAUGCGCAGAUAGCCACGAAGAUGCUUUACCAUCUAAUCACCAUGAACCCAGGUAGAGACAUCCUUCUGCAUGUGUCCAUCAAAAAUCCAGCCAUGCUUCUAUACAACCGAUUUGGGUUCAAGGCAGAAGAAUUCAUCGUCGGUUUCUACGAGGCAUACAUGGACUCACACUCUCGAGCAUCCAAGAAUGCUUUCCGUCUACGAUUGAGACGGUGAUCCCAUGAAGACCCUGCCAUUUCCGUGAACAUUCAUACCACCAUAUGGAUUCUCCACUAUUACGCUAUGUAAGUGUGUAGAUAUCAUUGGGACUUGCAGCCUCGCUCCGCGACCUGUCAGCAACAACAGUGGUCGGAAAGUAGACACAAUCGAGGCUAUCCCGGUCCAUCUGAUUUUUCCCAACGAAUGUCGGUCUUCUCCUGUUGGGCAGUAGUAUCAUUUCCAACGCCGGACCCAUCCCUCGGGCUGCACAACUUCAAUUUUAACGUCCCCGAGGUAAACUACCGCAACCAAUCAUACAUCCCUUGAUGCAUGAUGGGGUGUCAAAUUGGAACGGAGGAAAACAGAAUUGACGUCCCGCGCGAGCGCUCGGGCACCCAUUCUAUCAUCAAGUGACCGGUGCAUGUUGCUUGGAUGCAGUGUACUGAAGGUUAGGAGCGGUAUGCACCUAAUACAAUGCUCAAAAAUCAUCAGAGGACAGAUACGUAUGCGCCCAGGAGGAAGGGUAUAUUUCUCUAUUAUGAGUACACGACAUCAAAUGGUUCCUACUAUAAACUUAAUAUUAUGCCAUUGUCUCUGGCAGUGGGGUAUCCUACAUAUCUUGCGUACUAUUAUACAAUGACCCGACAGUAGUCCGAUGC